CGCACCCUCAGCUCCAACCUCACCACUCCACUCGCCUCCUCCCUCCGCGCACAGUCACAGUCCUCCCGGGCAGCAGCGGCAGCAGCUCUCUGCUGUCAACCAACUCCACCAACACACAUACACACACACACGAACCACCGCAGCAGAGGGAGGGAGGAGACGAGGAGGCAUGGCCAUGGAGGACUCGUCCUCGGGCUCGGAGCCCACCACCUCGUCCUCGGCGGAGGCGCCCGCGUCGCCGACCGCGACCACGGCGUCGUCGUCGUCGGACUCCUCCCCCGGCAAGAAGCGGCGGCGCACCAAGGACGGGCACCACCCGACGUACCGCGGCGUGCGCAUGCGGGCCUGGGGCAAGUGGGUGUCGGAGAUCCGGGAGCCGCGCAAGAAGUCGCGCAUCUGGCUGGGCACCUUCGCCACCGCCGAGAUGGCGGCGCGCGCCCACGACGUGGCCGCGCUCGCCAUCAAGGGCCGCGCCGCGCACCUCAACUUCCCGGAGCUCGCGAGCGAGCUCCCCCGCCCGGCCACCGCCGCGCCCAAGGACGUCCAGGCCGCCGCCGCCCUCGCCGCGGCCGCCGACUUCCCGGCGCCCUCCGCCAAUGCAGCUGGCGGCACCAAGGACUCCGACGACGACGGCCCGGACGCCAGCCCCGCGUCCGCCUCCGCCGCGGCCUCGCCGCCGCAGGCGCAGGACGUGGACAGCAACCCCGACGACGCGCUGUUCGACCUCCCUGACCUCCUCCUCGACCUCACCAGACACGGACCCUCGUCGUGCCAGCUCUCGUGCGCCGCAUCGUGGGACGACGACGUGUGCUUCCCCGGCGCCGGCGCCGGCGUGUUCCGUCUCGAGGAGCCGCUGCUGUGGGAGUACUAGAGCCAAGCUGCUUAAUUACUUCCAGCUGCAGGCAGCGUCGUGUAUGGCUUGUAAUCGCAGCGGUGGACCACAAGGAAAACAAAACCAUCCGUGUAAAGUGUAAACCAUCCAUCCAUCCAUCCAGAGCUGGACCAGAAAAUGGCCUAAUUUAGAGGCAUUUCUCCCCGCGUCUACUCUCCCAAAUUUAGAAACCAAACCAUGUAUAAAAAAAAUUCAAGAAAAAUUCAUUCAUCAUCCCCCCGUA